UUUUUGUACAAUGUAAAUACCAGGAGGAAAGCUUGAAAAAGAAAUCCAAGGGAAGAGCGUGCAAAAAUACUGGAAGCUACCUAGUUAGCAGGAUGGCGGAGCGACCCCCACGCCGCCCCAGGGUGGCCUGGGAGGCCAGGGCUCCCCAGGAGAGCAGCUCUCCCCUGAAGCCCUACGAAGUGUGCAUGGUCCAGCCGCUGCAGACCGAUGGCAGCUGGUUAGCUGUCUGUGAAAAGGAAUCUGUGCGCUGCAUCCAGGCUUUUCUCAAGAGCACAGAAAAGGACGAGGCCCAGAAGAUGCGUUUUCUCCAGAGCAUCCGCACGCUGUGCAGAGCCACCAGGCACAAGGGCUUGUCGCAGGGCCUGGAUGUCUUCUGCCCCAGAGAUGAGCUGGCAGAGAAUAUCAGGGCGCUGCUGCAAGAGGAGCCCAGGGAUCACCUGCGCACGGCGGUGCGGCAGCAAGCCGUGCUUGCCAUCGCUGCCUUGAGCUCAGCGGAGGCGGUGCCGGAGGGCCAAACGAUACCCCUCUUAGACGCCUGCUUCAGCAGUGUCUUCUGCCUUCCUCCAAAAGAGGACAUGCAGGGCCUGGACACUUCCCUCUACCACAAGACCCUGCACGCCAUGGACACCAUGCUGCAGACGGUGGUACUCGACUCUCCCGCCUCCAGCCUCAGCAAGGAGCUGCAGAGUAUCUUGCAGAUGCUGCUGACCUUCACCAAGUCCCCGAGCGCGGCGGUGCGUGAGAGGGCCGUGGGGAGGAUUGGGAUGCUGAGCUAUUUGCUGGCCAGCUAUUCCUCACUGGAGGCCUGGUGCCCCUUUGGAAGAGAGGACGACAGCCCUGCCUGCCACGGCGGCAUCCAUAUCCCCAUCCUGGGAGAGCUGCUGGGACGUCUCAUCCUUCUCAGCUUUUGCAAGGACAAAGAGACCAGCCGUGCGGCUUUGCAUGCUCUUCACCACCUCUUCAGAUUCCUCCAGCAGCAAAGAUGCAGUGCGUGGCCAGAGGAUAAUCUACAGCACCAAAGGGUCUGGGGAGCUGCCAGCAUCUCCUGUCAUUCCUUGCCCAGCACCAGCGCCACGACCAGGGUGUUUGGCAAAUACCUCCAGUCUUUGGAGAGGACAGACAUCAUCCUCACGGCCAUUGAGGCCAUGACAGAUGCCAGCAUUUCUGACAAGGAGGGGGCCAGCAGCAUGCUGGACGAGGCCAUGAAAGACCCGAACUCCUGGCUGACGGAUGUGCCAAAGAUCAUGAGUGGCAUCCACGGAAGCCUGGAGCACAUCCGUGUGGCGCCAGCCCGGCACAGCGUGGACUCCCUGCUUCUCCUGCUGACCAACCGGUGCCCCAGGGAAGUGGUCAAGAGCCUGCUGAAGUGCUCUCCACCAGUUGACAGCGCUGCCCUGGCCAUGUGGGAGGUGAUGUUCUCCCGGCUCCAGCCUUUGGAGAAGGUCUUGAGGGAGCUGCGCAUCGAACUGCGGAACCAGCGGAUGCGCAGGCUGUUCAGCACCGUCCUAGAGGACACCUGCAUCCUCCAGCUGACUCUGCUGGCCGCCAGCGACGUUCGAGCAAAGGAGUUUGCUGCCACGUACAAUCUCUGGAGGUCUCUGAGGCAUCAGAGCCUGGAGAUGCUCUCGCUGGUGCUCCAAGGCCUCGUCACGCUGUCGCAGAGACCUGAGACGGCAAGAAAAAUGCGGGUCCUGCUGGAAGAUAUCGUGGAGACCCUGGAGUCUGGCAACGAAGAUAUCCAGAUGAAGGCCCUGCUUGUCUUCAGAAACAUGCUGGGUCAUAUGAGGAGGCAGGAGGCCAGCCCCAUCGCUCUGCAGCUGGCGGAGAAGCUCCUGCCACUCUUCAACCACGAGUCCAGCCAGCUGCGAGAGUUCUCCCUCCGCCUCUUCAGAGAGGUGAUGCAGAAGGUGGCGUGGAGACACAAGAGACAAAUGAGGAAGAACGUGCGGCAGGGCCUGCUCCCGCUCUUCUUUCGCAUGAGUGACCAGAGCCAGAGUGUGGCCAAGGCCUCCGGGGAAGCCCUCCUUGCUGCAGCAGAGCUCCUCAAGUGGAAACAGCUCCGACACCUGCUGCAGACACAGCAGACGUGGAGGAUCGGAGAGUGCUUGGUGGUGCAGGACAGGAGCAGGGCUGAAGAAUACUGUCAUCAGAGCCUGCCAUACCUGAAGGACGCUCAGGCCACCGUGCGAGAGGCGGCCGUGAGGUUCAUCGGGCUUGCCGCGCGGCCCCUGAGGGACCAAAGCCCGGAGAAGCUGUCCCUCAAGGCCUUGGAGAAAGACGUCGAGCCCUCGGUCUGUUCGCUGGCAUCUCAGACCAUGCUGAUCCUGAGUUCCUCUCAGGAAGCGGCCGGCAUCAGGAAGCGGCCGGCAUCCGGAUCGACCAGGGCUCUGUGCUGCUGGCCCUGCAAAGCCAGGGAGAGGUGA